AUGCAGAGCGUUAUGAACGGCCGCGAAUCCAACAAGUCUCUGAUGCGCGCGAUCACCCGGAUGAGUAGGUGGAUUGACAAAAGACGCCCUCGACAUCUUACUUCGGAGCAGCGAGCGUCCCUUCGCGAACAUCCAGAAUAUGUCGAGGCCACUCGGCGAAUGAGGGAGCAAGCCGAAGAGUGCAAAUGCGAUCCCAGUGCAGCGAUGCAAUCGCGAUUAGAGAAAUUGACACGCGAAACCUCCAAUACAUUCGGUCGGUUGGAAAGAGCAAUGAGACGAAAGGUCCGCCAUGAGUUCGACCGCAAACAGGCCAUAAUAGACAUUGAGCGACAGCUCUCGGGGGCUGCUGUUGAUGACGAAGAGGCGAAGAAGGUACUUCAAGUAGAAGACCAGAUGCUACCUGAGCAGGUUGAUCUUCUUGAGAAAUUAUUCACCUGGCCUACCUCUCAAUCCCUGGAGGCGGAGUGGCAAAGAAGGAACGCUGCUGUGGCUACGAUCUCCCAAUACUGCUGUUUCCUUGAAGGUGGACCCUUGCGUGGGCGACGUAAACGGGCUGCACCAAGUGAUGGGUUCGAUGAAGAACAGAUCAAAUUCCCAGAGCCGGCCAAGAAGAGUUGCAGCUCUCCGGAGCCCUCGCAGCAGGAUAUUCUUCUUGUGAAAGCCGAAAAUUACAUCAAAAAGGCAAAGAAGCCUCGACGAUGUUUUCAAUGUUAUGGCGACACCCAUCUUCCUAUUCAUCGCCGGACGCAGAAGUAUAGCGAAUACAAGUCGACUCUACGCCACUUUCGAGAGAAGCACUUGCAGGAUCGAAGAAGAAAUCCAUUGCCUCAGCAUUGA